AUGGCAUCAAAGUCACGAAAGUAUAGAUUGAAAGUUCUUGGUGAAGAGAGCGAAGUGACCCUUAAAAGCACUGCAAUAUUAGCAGAAGCAUAUCGUUUAGAAGGGCGGUGGGAGAAGGCCGAGCAGCUCCAGGUGCAGGUGAUGGAGACUCGCAAGACUAAGCUCGGCGCUGACCAUCCCUCCACGCUGACGAGCAUAGCCAACCUCGCAUCGACGUAUUGGAGCCAGGGUCGGUUAGAUGAAGCUGAGCAGCUUGAGGUGCAGGUAAUAGAGAUGAGCAAGACUAAGCUUAGCGCUGACCAUCCCUCUACGCUGAUAAGCAUGGCCAACCUUGCGUCGACGUAUUGGGACCAGGGUCGGUUAGAUGAAGCUGAGCAGCUUGAGGUACAGGUGAUGGAGACUUGCAAGACUAAGCUCGGCGCGGGAGAUCCUAACACGCUAGUGAGCAUGGACAACUUAGCGUCGACGUAUAGGAAUCAGGGUCGGUUAGAUAAAGCCGAGCAGCUUGAGGUGCAGGUAAUAGAGACGAGCAAGGUGAACCUCGGCGCGGGCCAUCCUAACACACUGGUGAGCAUGGCCAACCUCGCGUCGACGUAUAGGAAGCAGGGCCGGUGGGAGGAAGCCGAGCAGCUCCAGGUGCAGGUGAUGGAGACUCGCAAGACUAAGCUUGGCGCUGACCAUCCCUCGACGCUAUUGAGUAUGGCCAACCUCGCGUCGAUGUAUAGGAAGCAGGGUCAGUGGGAGGAAGCCGAGCAGCUCCAGGUGCAGGUGACGGAGACUCGCAAGACUAAGCUUGGCGCUGACCAUCCCUCGACGCUAAUGAGUAUGGCCAACCUCGCGUCGACGUAUAGGAAGCAGGGUCGGUGGGAGGAGGCCGAGCAGCUCCAGGUGCAGGUGAUGGAGACUCGCAAGACUAAGCUUGGCGCUGACCAUCCCUCGACGCUAAUGAGUAUGGCCAACCUUGCGUCGAUAUAUUGGGACCAGGAUCGGUUAGAUGAAGCUGAGCAGCUUGAGAUGCAGGUGAUGGAGACUCGCAAGACUAAGCUCGGCGCGGGCCAUCCUGAUACGCUGGAGAGCAUGGCCAACCUCGCGUCGACUUAUAGCAACCAGGGUCGAUUAGAUGAAGCCAAGCAGCUCCAGGUGCAGGUGAUGGAGACUCGCAAGACUAAGCUUGGUGCAGACCAUCCCUCCACGCUGAGGAGCAUGGCCAAUCUAGCUUACACUUUGAAAUCUACCGGUCGGUGUCCAGAACGGUGUCCAGAAGCGAUCGAUUUGCUCAGAACCUGCCUUGCCAAGCAACAACGAGUUUUAGGUCACGCUCACCCCUAUGCUGUGUCCAUAUCUGACACUCUCUUGUUAUGGGAAACCGGGGAUCUGGCUAUCGAAACAUGA